AUGACGCUUUACAUUCGCCGCGAAGCUUCUAAGCUAUGGAAGCGAGUAUGUUCGGAAAUAACGACAGAGAUUGGUCUCCUCGUUGAGAAUUGGAAGUACCUUCUUGCUGGUCUUCUCUGUCAGUAUAUUCAUGGGUUAGCUGCUAGGGGAGUUCAUUAUAUUCAUCGACCUGGACAAACACUUCAAGAUCUUGGAUAUAUUCUUCUUCCGGAGCUUGGUCAAGAUAAAGGCUACAUAAGUGAAACUGUCUUCACUUGUGUAUUUCUUUCGUUUUUACUGUGGACUUUCCAUCCAUUCAUCAUGAAAAGCAAGAAGAUUUACACUGUGUUGAUAUGGUGCAGGGUUCUUGCCUUCUUAGUUGCUUGUCAGUUUCUCCGAGUAAUAACAUUCUAUUCUACUCAGCUUCCUGGCCCUAACUAUCACUGUCGUGAGGGUUCUGAGCUUGCCACGUUGCCACGCCCACAUAGCGUUCUUGAGGUUCUCUUGAUUAACUUUCCUCGUGGUGUGAUAUAUGGAUGUGGAGAUUUGAUUUUCUCAUCGCAUAUGAUAUUCACACUAGUCUUUGUCCUCACUUACCAGAAAUACGGUUCUAAAAGGUUUAUAAAGCUGUUAGGUUGGGUCAUUGCCAUCUUGCAAAGCCUCUUGAUUAUCGCGUCCCGUAAACAUUACACAGUGGAUGUUGUCGUUGCGUGGUACACCGUCAACUUGGUUGUGUUCUUCCUCGACAAGAAACUACCAGAGUUGCCUGAUAGGACCACGGUGUUACUUCCUUUGAGCUCAAAAGACAGAACCAAGGAAGACAAUCACAAAUUCUUGAACGGGAACGGUGUUGAUCCUGCAGACAGAAGACCGAGGGCUCAAGUGAAUGGGAAGAUUUAUGAAGACAGCAAUGGAGUUCACAUCGAUAACGCUACCAAUGGCGUCUGAGGACUCAGCUCGAGUUUAAUUUCUUACUCCUCAAGUAAUUUUAGGGUAACACGAAACGUUUUCUUAUAUACAUAUUAACCAGCCAUCUUUUCACUAUUUGCGUGUGUAUCCUAUGUUCAUAAGUAUUCUUUAACAUCAUGUUACAACUGUUUCCUUAAACUUCAGUUUAGAUUAUUAAUUUGCCAUUU